UUAGAGGAGGUGAAUGUAUUUUUGGCUGUAGGACGGGCCGGGCCAAGGAGGCCAGAGCACCUGAAUGUGUGUGAGAAUUUCAUCAGAAGCCACCACUCCAGUUAUCUUCGUGUAGCCUCUGCUACUGUUUUCUCCCUCUCUGCUUUUUGCUUUGUUUGCACAAUGACGGUGGGGAAUAUGGAGAGCGCUGAGCUGUUUGAAGCAGGGCAGAAAGGCCGCGGCCUCAAGGCAGGCAGAGAGCUGAACGCUGGGGAGGUGGUGUUUGCAGAGGCCAGCUUUGCUGCUGUAGUCUUUGACAGCAUGUUCAUGCAGGUGUGCCACAGCUGCUUCCGCCAGCAGGCCAUGUUACAUCGCUGCGGCCAAUGCCAGUUCGCCUUCUACUGCAACCGCACCUGCCAGACUGCAUGCUGGGAUGAACACAAGAAGGAGUGUGCGGCCAUCAAGAAGGUUGGCAAGGCGCCAAAUCAGAAUGUUCGUCUGGCUGCACGAGUGCUGUGGCGCCUUCACAAGGACACAGGCAUCGUGGCAGACAAUCAGAUGAUCUCAGUGGAACAGCUGGAGGACCACGUGUCCGACCUGGCAGGGGACAGCCUCAAAAAGCUCGAGAACGAUGUCAAGAGCUUGCUGGGAUAUUGGUCUUAUGGAAGGAAACAGCACUCAGUCGACUACAUCUCACACAUCUUUGGCAUUAUUAAAUGCAACGGAUUCACACUGAGCGACCAGAGUGGGCUGCAAGCUGUCGGUGUGGGGCUUUUUCCCAACCUAUGUCUGGUCAACCAUGACUGCUGGCCCAACUGCUCUGUUGUCCUCAACCACGGCAACCAAACUGCUCUGAGCUCCGCUCUCCACUCUCAGAGGAGGAUUGAGCUGCGAGCUUUAGAAAAAAUCCCUGAAGGUCAAGAGUUGACCGUGAGCUACGUGGACUUCCUCAACCUGUCAGCUGAGCGCAAGAGGAAGCUGGAAGAGUGUUUCCACUUUGAGUGCACAUGUCAGCACUGCAGCCAGCACCUCAAGGAUGACUUGAUGGUGGCUGCUGCAGACAGCAAGCCGUCUGCUGAGAAGCUAAAAGAGGUCACUGCCUUCAGUCAAGACUGUCUGGAGAAGAUCGAGAAGUCCCGCAUUGAGAGAAAUUUCCACGAGGUGGUGAAGCUGUGUCGUGAGUGUUUGCAAAAGCAGGAGAACGUCCUGGCUGACACUCACCUGUCCAAACUGCGCGUGCUGAGCAUAGCCAGCGAGGUGCUUUCAUACCAGCGCUCGUUCUCUGAGGCUGCAGAGUACGCUGGGAGGCUGGUGAAUGGAUACAUGAAGUUAUACCACCACAAUAAUCCCCUGUUGGGUUUGGCCAUCAUGCGUGCGGGCGUCAUACACUGGCAGGCGGGGCAGACUGAGCAGGGCCACAGCAUGAUCUGCCAGGCCUUUGGCAUUCUCAUGGUCACCCACGGGCCCAACCACGCUAUCACCAGAGACCUGGAGGUGAGGUCAUGUGGGUUCAUUGUGGGUUCAUUGUUGGGUUCAUAUACAGGAAGUCCUCAGUGCAAGGGCAAGUACAUGUUCCAUAUUAUGACGGCAAUGUACGUCUCUCUGGAGUAUAAAAAAAUGCGUCAUGAAAAAGAAAAAAAACAUGUAAGUCGAACUGCACUAAUAUGUGAGUUUGCAAGUCGCAUUCAUCUAGAAAUUUAUUUCACAAAAUUGAAGACCAAGAACAGACAUUUAAUGUAGAAAGGCAAGUUAUUCAACUGCACGAUAUCACACACAACAACAGGCUGCAUAGCUGUCUGCUAUGUCAAUGCAACAGGGGUGUACAAUGUGUGGCCCGGGGGCCAUUUGUGGGUUGGGGCUGUUUUUUAUUGGCCCAUGGCACAUUCAGAAAUUAUUUAACAAGAAAAUACUAAAAAAAAACAACAGCAGCAGCAAAAGCGGAAAAAUCAGCAGUAAGUUUACAAGAAUAAAGACAAAAUAUUAACAGAAAAAGUAGUAAUCUAACAGGUAAAAGUCGUAAUUUUACGAGAACAGCAUAAUGUUAUGAGGAAAAAUAACCUCAUUUUAGUAGCAUAAAGAUGAACUAUUAAAGGAAGAGGACAUUUUUCCCAAGUCAUGAUACUAUGAAAAACAAACAAAACAAAGUUGUAAUUUUUCAUCAAAUUAGCUUGUGGAAAAAGGUAUGUUACAAGACUGAAGUCAAAAUAACAUGGGAAUAAAGUCAUAAUUGGGAGAAGAAAAUUCACAAGAACAAAAUUCAAAUAGUUGGAAAAUUGGAAAAAAACAGCUGUAAUUGAAAAAAAUACAUUACAACAUUUUAUAUUAGUAGCGUAGAGGUGAAAUAUUAAAGAAAAAUUAUUUAAUGAAAAAAAAGUUGUAAUAAUGAGAAGCAAAACAAAUUAAAGUUGUCAUUUUUGGAAACUUAGGUUGGGGAAAAAGUUACGAUAUUAAUGGAUUAAAGUCAAAAUAGUAUGGAAAUAAAGUCAUAAUAUUCCAAAAGGAACAUUUAGAAGAUUAUUUAAGAAGAAAUACACGUACACUCAUGAUAAACAUUUUAAGAGCAGUUGAAAAAUUGCAAUAAUUUACAUUUUGCACUGUUGGAUCUUAAGGAGGUUCUAAGUAGAGCAUCAAAAUGCAAAAACAAGAAAUGGGAGUGAGACAAAAAAAAUUUGAGUAAACAAUUUAUUGCAAACACCCUUAAAGUGAAAUAGGAUGUUCAUCAGCUGAUCAAAUCUUUAAGACUAUGCCUUUAAAGCCAAAAUCCUGGCAAAAAUGUGGAUUCAAUGUCAUUUUCUGCCAUAAUCUCUUGAUGGUAAAAAGGCUUUUUCUGUUUGAACGCGGUCGCAUUGUUGAGCUGCAUAAGCAAGGCCUCUCUCAGUGUGCCAUUGUUGCUGAUGUUGGAUGCAGUAGGACAGUCAUUUGAAACUUCUCCUGAGUGUUAUGGAACAAAAAAAGUCAAGUGGUAGACCCAAACAAAUGUCACCAGCCCUGAGCCGGAGGAGACGAUUGGCUGUCUGUCAAGACACGGGACAAUCCUCAGUCCAGACGAAGGUUGUUACUGGUGCCAUGUGCAGUCCAAAAACCAUCAGACGGCAUCUGCGAAAGAAGGGUUUUAGGAACAAAAAACGUCUUCAAAGGCCUCGUCUCCUUCAACACCAUAAAACUGCCCAUUUGGAAUUUGCAUGCGAGCACCAAACAUGGAACAUUGAAAAGUGGAAGAAAGUUUUAUUCUCUGAUGGGAAAAAAUAUAUCCUUGACUGUCCUGAUGGCAGCAUGUUCGCCUUGCAGUCAGGAGAUCGUGGGUUUGUAUCUCCGUGGCAACAUGUCUGUGUGGAAUGUGCAUGCGUGGUUUCUCUCUGGGUACUCCGGUUUCCUCCCACAUUCCAAAAAUAUGCAUGCUAGGUUAAUUUCAGACUUUUAAUUGUCCAUAGGUAUGAAUGUGAGUGUGAAUGGUACUCUGCGAUUGGCUGGCAACCAGUCUAGAGUGUACCCCGCCUCUCACCCAAAGACAGCUGGGAUAGGCUCCAGCAUAACCGCGACCCUUGUGAGAACAAGCGGUAUAGAAAAUAGACGGAUGGGAUGGAUGUGCUGAUGGCUUCCAAUGUUACUGGCAUGACAAGGAGAUACGACCUGAGAUGUUUUCCCCACGGCACAGUGGAGGGGGCGCCAUCAUGAUGUUUCAAUGGACCAAUGAGCUUCAGGUUGUGCAGGGGUGUCAAACGGCAGCUGUUUAUGUGGAGAUUUUGCAGGGGGCAUCCCUCAUGACUGAAGGCUCUCGCCUGACAAAGGACCUCUUCCAGGGGAAUAACAUCACUCUUUUGGACCAUCCUGCGUGUUCCCCUGAUCUAAAUCCAAUUGAGAACAUUUAGGGAUGGAUGGCAAGGGGAGUUUAGAAAACAUCAGUUCCAGAAAGUGGAUGCCCUCCGUGAAGCCAUCUUCACGACCUUUCCCACUGGCCUCCUGGAAACAAAGGAAUAAAGCAUGCCAAACCAAUUUUUGAGGUGAUUAACAAGAAUGUUGCAGCUACUCAUUACUGAGUCCUUUUUAAAAAGAUUUUAUUUCUAUUUAGGAGGGUUUCAGGGUUUUUUGAGGUAUUAUGGUCUUACACUUUGGAUCAGCUAAACAGCCUAUUUCACUUUAGUGCUUGUUUGCAAUAAAUUGCUUCCUCAAACAUUUUUUGUCUCAAUCCCAUUUCUUCAUUUUGCGUUUUGAAGCUCCAACAGUGCAAAAUGUGAAUACUUGUAAUUUUUCAACUGGUCUUUUGAUCAAUGUACUAAAAGGUUUCUCAAAUAAGUAAACCAAUAAUUCCUUUCCUGGUAAUUACAUUUAUGAAGGAGUAAUUACAUUACUAAUCCAGUUAAGUUUUUUGAAAAGUAACUAAUAACUAUAACUAAUUGCAAAUUUGGCCAACAAUGGUUGUAACCAUGAAACGUCAGAACGUGAAAUGUCGUUACACCUCGACCGCCUGGACUUGUCUGUGAGAAGGUUGAAGAGUACCGGUAAGUGUCGACAGUAGCUUGUCAAAUAGCGAGCCAGCAAAUGUUUAAUAUUGAUAUGCUUAUGGAAAAGUGGUGUCCAUGCAUCAGAUAAAGUGCUUUUUUUUGGGGAAUUGUGUGAUGUGGAGUCCUUCUGCCCACCAUUAGUCGAUGCGCAUGCAGACUGAGAUGGAACUGAAGAAGAAAAAGAAGGAAGAGGAGGUGGCCUUAUCCUGAGCUAUGCUGACUUCAACAAGCAGCUAUACGCCCCAUUGGCGAAGUGGAAGAAUCACCCUAAUAAGAAAGAUGGCUGCUCAGGUGUCGCAGCACAAUUGGCUGGAUGCGUGCUGAAAAAGAGUACCAUCGAUGUUACAUGUUGUGUGCAGCAAUGACAAUAAAACUUGUUGUGAUCACUUCCCCACCAUCAGGAAGUCAUCUGUGUUCUGCCCACCCAACACCCUUCAUCAAAGGGUGUCCCUAAAGUCUGGACACAUGUUCACAAAUGCAUAUAGAGUCGUCUCUCGCUAUACAUCACGGUUCGAACAUCGCUUUAUUGCAGUUAAUGCACUUAUUGCAUUCAUCAAAUGAUCGCUGAUUUGUGGUUGAAUACUAAGAAUGCAAAUUGUAUGUAUUCUUGGCCCAAAUUAAGCAUUUUUAGCAAGAACAAAAAUGCAAAUAUAAGGCAUUUGGAUUAUGUUAUAUGUAGUGUAAUGUCAGGUAACGUUGUGUGUGCCUUUAACUCAUUCAAUCCCAGCCAGGUUUCAAAAGGUUUCCUUCCGUAUCGGCCAUUUUAGAUGAUUUUGACUGAUUUUUCAAGGCACACAGGCU